AUCGAUUUCUGUAAUAUCAUGUCUUGCUUUGGGAGUAACUGAAAUGCUGCUCCAGUCCAAGCACUUUGGAGUCCAUCUGUGUAUUUUGUUAAAUAUCGGUGCGUAGAUGUGCAUUUGUGAGACGCUGAGAGUGUGCCGCAUGUCUGAGGAGACGAGGGCUGCGAUGCAUGAUCUUAGAUCAGUAGAUGUCUCUAGUGGGAGCCUUUUGUUUACUGAUCAGAGAUAGGUUUGACUGAAAGAAGCACAGAGCCUCCGUUUAGGAAUGGAUCUGUAUUUUGCCAGAUUCACUGACCACUCUUUUCCAUAAUUCCAUAAUUUAUUCUCUACAAACACCUUCCAGAAUCUUUCAGGUUUCAAGGUACAUGUUACAUGUCCACUUUUGUACAACUGCAGACAGAGUGCAUAAUGAGCAACCACAGUGUCCUGGAGCAGUUUUCUCUGAUGGGGUAGAAAGGAUAACACCUUUUACCCCAAAAAUAAUUAACAUUUAAGCUUUUUUUCUGUAUUUCAAAAAGAAUCUGUGACAGCAAUGUAAUGACAGUAUAACUGUGGGGGCAGCAUGUGGCUCAGUGGGCUAAGCCUGUGCCUGUGAUUGGAGAGUUGCUGGUUCGAGCCUGGUUUCAGCACAUCUGUGGCUCAUUGAGCAAGACUCAUAACCCCCCCAGGUCCCUGGGUCCUGCUGGGGGUGGCUGCCCUUCACAGCCAACUUUCUCUCACCUACAGAGAGCAAGCUGGGGGAGGCAUAAAGAGAAUUUCCCCACGGGGAUCAAUAAAGUACCUAUUAUUUUUAUCAUAUAUUUCCUGCCCCUCCCUCCUCUGGGGUAAAUCUUAAGUUCUCCCACAAAUGUUCUGUUUCAUUCUAUGAUCUGUGAUGGACUAGUAUGUCUGUGAGGUGACUGAUAUUCACAACACCAAGUCCACUAGAAAGCAUUAUCACGCAUGCGAAGAUGCUUGUGUGCCGGGACUGUGUGCGCGAGUGGAAAUGCGCAUGUGUGCCACACACAUGCCUCCUUAGAGCUUCGCCGUCAGCUUGGGGCGCGGGGCUUCGUCUCCCCGUGCCAGGCAGACCGCAUAAUGCUGCUUCCUUACAAUAACACUCAGCAGGAAAACAUUUCAAACAGACACAUUCCACGCAGGGAGAGUUUCUGCUGUCGGGAAAACCGCUCCCUUCCUCUCGCCACCCUGAAGAGGGGCUCGCAGACACAGCGGCACACAAGUCACACCCUGACCAGCAUCUUGGGUUAUUGUCAGUGUGGCUUUGAGUGCGGAGCAGAGCUGCUGUUACAACAUGCUUGUGUGUAUGCGUGUGUAGUCCGCUGGAGCAAGCACGAAAAUCUGGGAAGUCCCACGAGGGCCCAGAUGCAUUCUGGGAUAGCUCUUCUCAGGGUAGCUCACAGGACAGUGGGUGGCUGGCUAUCUUUGACACAUAUGUCAAACUACAAACGAGCAACGUUUGACGAAGACGACGUUGCAGAUUUCCCGGCUGAUGGGGCAAUUUCUCCAGAUUGCGUGGAGGUGGGGUUCAGGAAAGGGGGCGUCCAGUUCCUGGGUCCACUGGGCCGCAGGACGCAGCUGGAGGUGAUUCUGUUGGGUUUCUUGCUGGUGGCUGGUCUUGCCCUUUUUGGCUGUGUGGUAGCCGUUGGGCUCCAGUACAGCACAGAGCCCAGCCGCACCCUGUGCCUGUCCGAAGCCUGCGUGAUCGUGGCCAGUAAGAUCGUGGAAGCCCUGGACCGGCAGGUCGAUCCUUGCCAGGACUUUUAUCGCUAUGCUUGUGGGGGCUGGAUCCGCAAGAAUCCUCUGCCCGACGGAAGGUCACGCUGGAGUACCUUCAACAGCAUCUGGGACCAGAACCAGGCCGUGCUGAAGCACUUGCUGGAGAACGGCACGUUUAACUCGAGCAGUGAGGCUGAGAGAAAGACCCGUCAGUACUACCUGUCAUGCCUGAAUGAGCAGCGCAUCCAGGACCUGGGUGCUCAGCCUCUGAUUGACCUUAUCAGCAGGAUAGGUGGCUGGAACAUCUCUGGCCCAUGGGACAAAGACAACUUCAUGGAGGUUCUGAAGACUGUGUCUGGUCCAUACCGGGCCCAGCCCUUCAUCAGCGUUGGUGUCAGUGUGGAUCCCAAAAACUCCAACAGUAAUGUGAUCCAGGUGGACCAAUCGGGACUCUUCCUGCCGUCCCGUGACUAUUACCUGAACAAGACGGCCAAUGAGAAGGUACUGAAGGCAUACCUGGACUACAUGGUGGAGCUGGGCUGCCUGUUGGGUGGCGACCGGAACUCCACCCAGGCCCAGAUGCUGCAGAUCCUGGAAUUGGAGACUGCCAUUGCAAACAUCACUGUCCCUCAGGAUGAGCGUCGUGAUGAAGAGAAGAUCUACCACAAGCUGACAAUUGCUGACCUGCAGACCCUGGCCCCUGCAAUCGAAUGGCUUGACUACCUAUCAGCAGCAUUGGCUCCACUGGAGCUAAACGAGACUGAACCUGUAGUCAUCUAUGCCAAGGAGUAUCUCCAGCAGGUGUCCGACCUCAUCAACAAGACGAGCCGCAGCCUGCUCAACAACUACAUGAUAUGGAACCUGGUUCAGAAGGGAGUGUCCAGCCUGGACCAGCGCUUCGAGAACGCCCAGGAUAAGCUGCUAGAGAGUCUCUACGGGACGAAGAAGUCCUGCACGCCACGCUGGCAGACCUGCAUCGGCAACACCGACGACACUCUGGGCUUCGCCCUUGGGGCACUCUUCGUCAAGGCGACCUUCGACAAGCACAGCAAGCAGAUCGCCGAAGGGAUGAUCAAUGAGAUCCGUACAGCUUUCAAGGAUGCCCUGGACGAGCUCUCCUGGAUGGACUCCCAGACCCGACAAGCGGCCAAGGACAAGGCAGAUGCAAUCUAUGACAUGAUUGGAUUCCCAGACUUCAUUCUGGAGAACAAGGAGCUAGAUGAUGUUUAUGACGGCUAUGAAGUCUCGGAGGACAAUUUCUUCCAGAACACACUGAAUUUUUACAACUUCUCUGCUAAAGUGAUGUCUGACCAGCUGCGCAAGCCCCCCAACAGAGACCAGUGGAGCAUGACGCCUCCUACAGUCAACGCCUACUACAUGCCCACGAAGAAUGGGAUCGUCUUCCCUGCUGGAAUCCUGCAGGCGCCGUUUUAUGCACGGGACCACCCCAAGGCAUUAAACUUUGGGGGAAUUGGGGUGGUGAUGGGCCAUGAACUUACCCAUGCCUUUGAUGACCAGGGAAGGGAGUACGACAAGGAUGGAACCCUUCGUCCCUGGUGGCAGAACAGUUCAGUAGAAGCUUUUAAGAACCGCACGGAGUGUAUGGUGGACCAGUACUCCCAGUAUGCCAUCAAUGGGGAGCAUAUCAAUGGACGGCAGACACUGGGAGAGAACAUGGCAGACAAUGGUGGACUGAAGGCUGCCUAUCAUGCAUAUAAAUCAUGGGUACGGUCCAAUGGGGAAGAGAAGAGGCUGCCAGCCCUCGAUAUGACAAAUGACCAACUCUUCUUUGUGGGAUUUGCUCAGGUGUGGUGUUCAGUGCGCACCCCAGAGAGCGCCCACGAGGGACUCAUGACUGACCCUCACAGCCCUCCCCGUUUCCGUGUCAUCGGCACACUGUCAAACUCCCCUGACUUCUCCGAGCACUUCAACUGCCCUGUCGGCUCCCCCAUGAACCCCGGCCAGCGCUGUGAGGUGUGGUAGAGGAUGAGGAAGAGGAGGGCAGUGAAGUCCAGGGCUUCAAGCCUCUGACAGUGGCUUUCUGUGUUUGAACUCCUUUUAGGGAGCAGCUCAGGGGGGUGGGUCACCUCUCCUCCCUCUGCUGCUUCUGUGUCUCCUGAGUGCCCUGUUUACAACCUCUGCUUUCUGCAGCAGAGGAAAACCACUGUGACAUCACAGGAAGUGACCUCACAGGAAGUGCUUGUCUGGACUGCCCACCACUUGGUUUUUUUUAUUUGUCUCAUUUUCACUGCUUUUUGCCAAAGAAAAGUUCAUUUCUGGUGAUUAGUAUUUAUAAGGGAGAUGCUUUCACAGAGUUAUGCCAGUCAACCAGCCCAUAUAAGACUGUGUGCAAUUGUCUAGAUGAGGAGUGGGUGUUAUAGAGAGCUGCAUCCCUAAGGAAGCUGAAUGUUUUCUAGCUGCAACUUGCCAGUUCAGUCCUGCUGGAUUUGCUUUGGGGAAAAAUACCUGUUAAUCACUCCAUUUUGCUGGCUGUAUUUUACUUAAAUUAUAUUUUGUAACCGAAGUCAUUUCCCAUGUUGCAAGUACCUUCCGAAUGUAACGUGAUCCAUGCGAGUUAAAAUUUGCAUUUGCAAAUGCAUUGUAGGUUUCUCAGUACGAAAGAGUUGUGCACUCGCAUUAUGCCUUGAUUGUCUCGUGCCUCUGCUAAUGAGCCUGGUGACUGCAGGCAUCUGUCCGACAGCCGUGUCCAGGAUUAAACUCCGGCAUCAGAUUACGUCAAUCUUGGAGUUGGGCUUGGACGGUGACGUAUUAAACGGCCAGCUUGAAAUGUUCGUUCUUGGGCGCCGGUUUCGCUUCGUCGACACAUCCAGCUCACAUUCCCUGUUCCCGUUCUUGCCGUCCCGCUGCCCACAGAGCAAGUAACCAGCCAAUGACAAGUGCUUAUUUCCCAGGCCAAGCGUGUGUGGGUGUGUGUGAGAGGGGUCUUCCUCUGUAAGCACCGUUCCUGCUCUUACUCAGCGUGCAUCACUCUUUUUGAUCUGCCUUCCUUUGAAUUGUGUGUUAUAUUUUCUCUCUUCUGCUCUUCAGUGUUUUUGUAUCCUUUUGGAUUCUGCCUGUAUGGUAACUGCCCCUGGGAGGCAUUCGGCAUUCCUAUGUAGAUUAUACCCAGAAAUAAAGUGUUUAACCCCA